UCCCAAGAAGAAGAAAAUGAAUACAAAUGCGUUACCUCUAAGAAACUUAACAAAAUUUAUUAAUUACUAGAAGAGAAUCAUCACCACUUACAUUUUCAUUCCUCCCUAAACAUCUUAAUUCACAUUCCCUUUCUUUCUUUCUUUCAGCCCCAACAUCAACAAGAACACAAUAGUUGUUGUAAUGAAAUCUCCAAAACCAAACCGAAAACGUUUCAUGCUCUCAUGUUUCAUAUCUAUCUUCUUACUCUGCAUAUUAGCUUCCAUAAACGAAGUUCGAUUCGAGAAUCUUCUAAGAUUCGGUCGAUGUACUUUUUCAAACAACACAACAAACACUUCAUCUUCAAUUUCAAACGAACAACAACAAGAAGACAUUAGAAUUCUCAUCGGAAUUCUCACACUCCCCGACCAAUAUCUCCGACGACACUUCCUCCGUCUUGUAUACGGUACACAAAACCCCGAAGGUGCAAAAAUCGACGUCAAAUUCGUGUUCUGCAACCUCACAAAAGAAGAUCAAAAAACAAUAAUCUCGUUAGAAAUCAUGCGUUACAACGACAUCGUGAUUCUCAACUGCACAGAAAACAUGAACAAAGGAAAAACAUCAACGUUCUUCACAAGUUUACCAGAGAUUUUCAACGAAACAGUGAAUGGACCAAAUUACCCUCCUUAUCAUUACGUGAUGAAAGCAGAUGAUGACACGUAUGUAAGACUCAACAGUUUAGUGAAAUCAUUGAAACCGUUACCAAAAGAGGAUUUAUACUAUGGAUUUGUGAUACCGUGUAGUAGCAUGGACCCUUUUAAACAUUACAUGUCUGGGAUGGGUUUUUUGGUAAGUUGGGAUAUUGUUGAGUGGAUUCACGGUUCAGAUAUUCCUAAGAAACACGUGGAGGGUCCUGAAGAUAAGGUGUUUGGUGAUUGGAUGAGAUGGGGUCGUAGAGGAUUAAAUAGGUUUAAUGCUAAAUGGUCUAUGUAUAAUUAUCCUGAUCCAGUUUCUGUUUGUAGUCAUGAGCUUGUGAAUGAUACAAUUGCGGUUCAUUUGUUGAAGAAUCAAGAGAAGUGGGUUAAGACACUUAAUUUUUUCAAUCAUACUGGUCCUUUGGAGGAAUCUAAGAUGUAUCAUAUAGCUUAGCUUAAUUAUUACUACUAAUUAGCCUUUUUGGUGAAGCUAAUCUUUCUUUUAUUUUUUUAUAUGAUAUCAAAUAAUGUUAUAUUUUGUUGAGGGAGGAGAAAAGAGGGAGCUGUUAAUUUGCAAGGUGAAAAUUCAUCUGUGUACUGUAGAGAAACAGAGGAUUGCUAAAUUUACUCUGCCAUUUUUUUCUGCAAAAAUUGUAUAAACUCUGAUAUGAAUAAACUGGAUCAGAUAAUUUAUUGAUUCUCUUUUAUGUUGUAGUGACUGGGAAAAUUUGAGUGGGGUGCAAUGCAAUUGUAACAUUGUCCAGUUGUUUCCUGUGUUGCAAUUUAGAUUAUUGAGGUCACUUUCACGCGCAUUGCGGUUGUUGCGGCUUUGAAAUCAUUUUUAAUUUUCAUAAAACAUAUCAAAUGACACUUAUGUCAAGUAUUUACCUUCCAUAGCGUAGUCUCGUUUUACUUGGUAAGUACUGAUUCA